GUCCCGCCCCCCCACCGGAGGCGUCACACGCACCGCUACUUCCGCCAUACGCUGGGAUGCGCCUUCCGGCUUGGGGUCCACCUCCACCGGUGAAGCCCAGAUCGACCGCCCGGGAUUCCCGGAAGUGGCCCGGUUGCCAGCUUCCCGUGCUAUAGGGAGAAAUGGCGGUGGUCACCUUGAUCCCGACGCUGGCGCGGGUACUGUCAAAGCACACUCUGCUGUCUCCCUUGCUUAGUGUGACAUCAUUCAGACGCUUCUACAGAGGUGACAGCCCAACAGAUUCUCAAAAAGACAUGAUUGAAAUCCCUUUGCCUCCGUGGCAGGAGAGAACUGAUGAAUCCAUAGAAACCAAAAGAGCCCGCUUACUCUAUGAGAGCAGAAAGAGGGGGAUGCUGGAGAACUGCCUUCUCCUUAGCCUGUUUGCUAAAGAAUAUCUGCACAACAUGACAGAGAAGCAGCUGAACCUCUAUGAUCGCCUGAUUAACGAGCCUAGCAAUGACUGGGAUAUUUACUACUGGGCCACAGAAGCAAAACCAGCCCCAGAAAUAUUUGAAAAUGAAGUCAUGGAACUGUUGAGAGAAUUCGCCAAAAACAGAAACAAAGAGCAGAGACUGCGUGCCCCAGAUCUGGAGUAUCUCUUUGAAAAGCCUCAUUAGGUUGGGUGCUGCUGCCUGCCAUGGUGGUCAGUGUAUGGAUAAACUGCAUCUGGCCCUGACCUCUGCCUCCUGCUUCUCCUUAGAUGCUUGGACCUUCCCAGGAAAGAUGUAUUAGGUGACUCAUCCUAGCCUGUGCUUGUCUAUACAGCACAGGUCAGACCCCUUACCUGGCUGUUAUGUGCUGUGCUGCAGGUCUGCCACAAGAGGGCACUAUAGGAAAAGCGAUUCUGCUACCUUAGGCCCAACAGUACAAGACACUGCUGCUGGAGGAAGAGCUGACCCCAUGCUCCCCCAGUGACCCUGGGCUUUGCUAAGAUAAAGCUGCCCCUUCCGACCUGAUAGUUCUUUUGCCAAAGAAUGUUGAUCCAAGCCCCUGAACUGAGCCCAUCAAAGGCAUAGCAAGCUGAAUGAGGUCACCAAAGCAGGAAUAUUGUAGGCGUACUGCUUAAGUCAACACUGUCAUCAAAUUUUCACAACAUACACAUUUUAAACUGAAUGAUAGUUGAAUAUUGAAGAAUAUCAAGAGAAGAAAAAUGACAGGUCUCUAACCCUCACAAUUAUCUUCAUUUUUGUCUGCUUCUAUGCAACCUAUAGUCAUGCUUAUAAUGGGGUUUUGCAAGCUUAUAAGUUUUCUGACUUUCUGGCAUUGUGGCAAACUUUCCCCUCAUUCUGACAGCCUUUCAAAUUAUUUUAGUUGACCAAAUAAUAAUGCCACAUAAGAAGUAGCAUAAUAACUGUGUUAUAGGUCACGCCUGUAAUCCUAGCCCUUGGGGAACUGAGGUAGGAGCAUCACUAAGAAUUUGAGGCCAGCCUGGACCACACUGUAGAGUAAAGUAGCUAGGAGGGCUGCCCUCCGCUGACAAGAGGCAGUCACUCUAACUGGUAUGUGAAAGUGUCGGCUAGAAAAAGCAGGCCAGAACUGAGAAGUUUAGGUGGGUAACUACAAGAGCUACAGGAAAACAGGAAAGCAUUCCCUGGCCAGGGAGGGAAGAGGGGAAGCAGCUUCAAUUACCUCACAGCAUCCCCACAGGCAUAGCACUAGGCCUGUUUAUGGACAAGACAUUGCCUUGGAAGGAGUCAGUAAUGCAUCCAUGAUCAAAAAGCCGGGAUUUGUGGCUAGAAAGAUGGCUUAGCGGUUAAGAGCACUGGCUGGCUGUUCCAGAGGACCUGGGUUCAAUUUCUAGCACCCACAAAGCAGCUAACAACUGUCUAUAACUCCAGUUUCAAAGGAUCUGACACAGACAUAGAUGUAGGCAAAAUGCCAAUGAACAUAAAUCAUUAAAAAGUAAAUAAAAAGCUGGAAUAUGGAA